AUGCAACCUGCACAGCCCAACCCGCAGCUGGCUGGUAUGCCGCAGCGUGAUGCGCUGGUGUUGGCGGAGCGACUGCAACUCAUCACAUACGAUGGCUUUAUGCACUGUGCACAGAAGUGCAUUACUCACUACGGUGAGGAUUCCAUUCCAUACCACCCCGGUGAGAAGGCCUGCCUUGACCGCUGUGUAAGUAAGGUCUACAAUGGCCUUGAACUCGCCAAAACUAUUAAGAAGGACUUUGAGACAAAGGUGAAACAGGGUGAGAUGCCGUAUCAGUGGAUGCGGGAGGCAGCAGCUGCAACAGGCACUGGAUAA